ACUGAACUUCAUAAAAAAGAGAUAGAACUGAGUCUAGGAAAAGAGCAGAACAAGCAAUUUUGGGAUCGGAACACAGACAACAGCAUCACCAUUGACCAUCUAAGGAGAGAACUAGACGACAAAAACAUGCAAUUGCAGCGCAUGGAAAAGACAGUGAAGGAAAUGAGGACUGAACGUCACGGACAAAUGGAGCACCAGAUGGCUGCAAUUAAGGAAAAAAAUGAAAGCACUGGAAGAAUCUCCUCUUUGACUGCCCAACUGGAGUCAACGAAGGAAACACCCCAUAAAGUUGAAGAAGAUCUUACAGCCAAACAGAUCGAUUUGGAGACUGCUGAGAAAACAGUGUCAAAUCUGACAGCCCGUCUGCAGGAGAAAGAGAGACCCCUUGAGGUUACCAAUAAGGAGAUCAAGAAGCUACAUUCACAGCUUGGCAGUAGGAUGCAGGAGCUCCAGCAUCUAACGAAUGAAGAGGACUGUUUACACAAUGUGCAGUCACAGUGUGAAACGCUGAAACUGCAGCUGUUAGAGAAGGAAAGGAUUAUUGAGGUCUUCCAAAAGCAAAUUGAUAACAUGACGCAGAUUGUGGGCCAGCAUAGUCGAACUGCUGGAGCAAUAGAAAUUGAGAAAUCUCAGCUUAUAAAAGAAAGAAAUGACUGGAAGCUUAAAGUAGAAGAACUUAAGAUUGCAAAGGAUGAGAAAGAAGCCAGAAUACAUGAAAUGGAGGCCAGACUGAGUGAGCUGGAACUGGAAAAGGUUAAACUGGUGAACACAUGCAGUGAGAGGCUCCAUGCACUUAAUGAUAUGAAACUGGAAAAAGAUCAGCUAAUGAAUGAACUCCAAGCCGGUCGGAGUGAGCUAGCUGGCCUUGCAGACGGAUUUGAAGAUUUGAAGAGGGGUUAUCAGGAUAAAAUCGAGGAGAUGGAAAAUACUGCAAACAGACUGAAAAUGCAGUUGAAAUCUGCCCAAGCUGAACUGGAACAGACCAGGACUGCUCUAAAGACUAUGGAGGGAUCUGAUGGCCAUGCUAUGAAAGUUGCAGUGGGAAUGCAGAAGCAGAUCACAGCCAAGAGAGGACAGAUAGAUGCAUUACAGAGCAAGAUAAAAUUCUUGGAAGAGGCAAUGACAAAUGCAGCUAAGGAGAAGCAUUACCUCAGAGAAGAAAACAGUAAACUAAGUCAAGAAUUGAGCUGUAUUACAGCAGAAAAUACCAAGAUUGCUGGGGAACUGGAGAUCCUGAGAUCACAAGACAAAUGUCUGAAAGAAAAAAUAUCUAAGAUGGAGACAGCCCUUGAUAAGGCAUCCAUGCAAUUUGCAGAAUGUCAGUGCAUAAUCCAGUGUCAGGAACAAGAAGCUAUGCGCUUCAGACUGCAGCAUACUUUAGAUGUAAAAGAGCUGCAGGGCCCAGGCUACUCGUCAGCUUCUGCUUCAGGCAAGCUGCGGCACAUCGUGCCUCUUUCCCACCUGCACUCUGCUGUUGUGCCACCUUCCCAGAACUUGGCCAGCUGUGCCCCUCAUAUGCCUUCCAAGCCAGGCAUUUUGAAGGAAGAACCAUUGCAGGAUCUAAAGAGGAUUCUUGAAGAAUUAACAAGCUCAGACAAUGAUGUUCCCUCUGUGGAUCUUGGGAAGGAUGACAGUGAUGGAGAUCUGCCUGUUACCAACAUGCAAAUUUUUGACAGCUUCAAUAUAGAAGCUUCUAUUUCACAAGCGGAAAAAGGAUUCAUGCUCAGAAAGAUGGUGCAAGUAGAGGAUGCGCUGCUGUCUUCAGCUUACGAUCAGAUCCUUGCAAGAGGAGGUGCAUCCAUCUUCUCAGCAGCUCCUCGUUAUACAUCCUCCCCUGAGAAGGUCUCUCGGGACGAGAGAUACAGAGACAGGUCUCCGGUACACUUGCUAUUAACUGCUCCACCCGAUGACCUUGCAGCUGGCCCCGGCGCCUCACCAGAGCACAGACCGUCCGCAAGGAAAGCUGGCUCUCCAGAGGGUGCAGCCACAGUCCCCCAGAUAACUUCUCAGCCCAUGGAGACUAGUGAGAAUACACCUUGGAGGCUACAGAAAAAGAUGGAAAACCUGCAAAACCGGGUGGAAUCCUUACAGAUAAAAAACCAAGCCAUGUCAUCAAUGAUCAGAACUCAGGAAAUGAAGAUCGAGAAAGCAAAGGAAAAGGAGAAAAAGCUAUCAAAGUGA